AGGGGGAGAAAGGUCGUAGCAGGCAGAAGAAGAAAGAAAGAAAGAAAGCAAGAAAAAGCUCGAAGAGAGAGAGAGAGAGAGAGAGCCCAAAAGUGGAUGCGUAUGUAUUGCCAUAUAGUCGGAGCAUUAUAAUAGUAAUAGUUCUUGGGGAAUGAAACCGAAAGCAUUGCCGGAAAGAAUGGUAAAGUCCGCCCAGAGUGAAAUGGUGGGUUUGCCGAAGAAGAAGAAUAAGAGCUUCAACCAGCUGUCCAUGGAGAUCCGAGCCGUCGAUGAUUCCAUCACCAGAAAAGUAACCUCAUCCGUACUCUUCCUCUUCCUCCUCUUCAUCCUCAGCCUCUUCGUCCUUUGAGAAAAUCUCCCUCUCUUAAUUCACUUCCUUUACCUACACAUAUUAACAAUCAAUCACUGGUACCAUUUUUGUUUUCUCUUUCACUUGAUCUGAAAGCCUUUUAUUGACACGUGUUGUUAUUGCUAUUUUUAUCGGGAUCUAGUAUUGGUGAUUCUUGGAUCGGUUAGUUUGGCUUUUAGGGUUUGAGGUCUGAGUCGAUCCGAAAAAGGAAAUAACAAAAACUAAAAAAUAUUAAAUAGAAUUGUUGUUGUUGUUUUGGCUCAUUGUUUAGUGUCAUCAUAUACUAACACGAUCACGUUUCGGUGUAAAUACCAUUCGCCUCGCGCGAAUCUAAGUGCAAAACCAUCCAUUACCUUUCUUGAUAUUUUGUUGAUUGGAGGAGGGAUUUGAUUUCUCAGAAUUAGUAGUAACUAGUGAUCAGAACCCACCUUUUUCUUUGUGGGUUUUCGGGACUUUCGGUUCUAUUAAUCGGGUCGUUUUUGGUACCGACGAAUCAGAUAAAUCUAGUCUAGUUGUAGAUCUUGUAAUUUUGACUCUUAGAUUAGGAGGAGGAGGAGAAGAGUGAGAUAGUUUUUGUUUUUCCUCUUGUCUCGACGGGGAGUUGGUCAGAAUAAUUGGUUGGGUCAUAACUUUCUAUGGGAGUACCUGAUAACUCUUUACUAGAUUUGAUAGAGAAAGUCAGGUCUUGGAUUUCUUGGGGGACGAGCGAUCUAAAUUCCUUCUCCGGCCAAUUUGAGAUGGCUGAUAACGAUUGCAAAACGUGCUGUCUGUGCAAAUCGAAUUUCAAAGAGACUAGCCUUCAGUACCAUUGCCGAAGCUGUACUAGGAUGUUUUGUGCAAAUUGUCUGUGGGGCUACGGUUCUGUGAGUGCUGUGUCGGGUGAUAUAAAAAGCGCUGUGGAUGCUGGGGUGGUUGAUAUCAUUUCGUGCAAGUUUUGUUCUGACAUUCGUAUUAGGAAUGAAAGGGGCAGAAAAUAUUGUGAUAAGAUCUAUCCUGCGGAGUCUCCCCGUCAGAGUCCCGAACCUCAAUCUCCUUCUUUUAGUGGUAAAAGGUUGGAUGGUUAUUCCCCCGAUGCUAUGAGAAGCAGUGUUACUUCAUUUGAUGGUCAUCCAUCUCCAGUAUCUAUUUGCCACUCUCCAAGCAGGAGUGAUGAAGAAGAGGCAGAGAAUUCCACAACUACCUUUUUCAGCACAUCAAGUGAAUUCUGUAAUGACACUUCAGAUGUAGAUUCAAGUAGCGUUAGUGCUAGACACGAAUUUUACAGUUUUAAGUCAGUUGGAUCUAGUCCUUCUGACAGCUCCUCUAGGAUUCAUAUUAGUUCCAAUAGAGUUGGGCAUUCUGUACAGAAGGGGCAAGGGGGAACCCCUAGGUCUCGUAAUGACGUUCACUUUAAUCAAGAAACAAUGGCUGUUUUAACAAGGCCUGAGAGAGGGUAUGGGGAUCCAGAAAAUACUGAUGAUUGUAGCGAUGAUUUGUCUAUAUUUCGGGACCAAUGUGAAAAGUUGCAGAAACCGUUGGAUUUUGAAAGCAAUGGUCUUAUAUGGUUCCCGCCACCACCUGAGGAUGAAGAUGAUGAUGCGGAAAACAACUUUUUUACGUACGAAGAUGAUGAAGAUGAGAUUGGGGAUUCAGGUGUGGUGUUCUCAUCCAGUAGUAGUCUUGCUAGCACGUUUGCGGCUAAGGAGAAACAGAACGAGGGACACAAGGAACCUCUGAGAGCUGUGGUACAGGGGCAUUUUAGGGCUCUUGUGUCACAGCUGUUACAAGGGGAGGGUGUCAAGGUGGGAAAAGAAAACAGCAGAGAGGACUGGCUUGAUAUUGUUACCGCAAUAGCAUGGCAAGCUGCAAAUUUUGUCAGACCAGACACUAGCAGAGGUGGCAGUAUGGAUCCCGGCGAUUAUGUUAAGGUCAAGUGUAUAGCAUCAGGAAGUCCCAGUGAGAGCACACUUGUCAAAGGAGUAGUUUGUACAAAGAAUAUUAAGCACAAGCGCAUGACUUCACAAUACAAGAACCCUAGAUUACUUAUUUUAGGGGGGGCACUUGAGUACCAGAGAGUUCCUAAUCAACUAUCUUCUUUUGAGACUUUGCUGCAACAGGAAAUCGAUCAUCUGAAGUUGGUUGUGUCAAAGAUUGAGGCACAUCGUCCAAAUCUGCUGCUUGUGGAGAAAAGUGUAUCUUCAUAUGCUCAAGAGUAUUUGUUGGAAAAGGAGAUUUCUUUAGUGUUGAAUAUUAAGAGGCCGUUAUUGGACCGCAUAGCCAGGUGCACUGGUGCACUUAUAACUCCAUCAAUUGAUAACAUAUCUACCACGCGGUUGGGUCAUUGCGAACUCUUCCGGUUGGAAAGAGUAUCUGAAGAACUUGAGAAUGGCAACCAAUCUAACAAGAAGACCUCUAAAACAUUGAUGUUUUUUGAAGGUUGUCCCAGGCGACUAGGUUGCACGGUACUGUUGAAGGGCUCCUCUCAUGAAGAACUGAAGAAGGUUAAACAUGUUGUACAGUAUGCGGUUUUUGCAGCAUAUCAUUUAUCGCUGGAGACUUCCUUCCUUGCUGAUGAGGGUGCUAGUCUUCCAAAGAUGAAAAUGAAGCCUUCAAUGUCCAUCCUGGAGAGGACAACUGCUGAUAAUCCCAUUUCAGUUAUUCUUGAUUCUGUCUGCUCUGGGAAUUACCUUGCAGUAGCCCAUGACCAUGAUAUUGAUGACGGAUCACCAAGUCCCAAAUUGGAUUUGGGAGGGCAGCGAUCAUUUUCAGAGCAUCUUAACCCUGGUCAAUAUUUGUUUCCUACCUCGAUGGAGUGUGGAGUGGGAUAUGAUGCAUGCGAUAAUAAUUUGGAAUCUAGUGUGCCGUUGGAGGUUUUUAAUGGCCUCAGUGUGUUUCCUUCUGAGAUUGGAAAUCAUGCGCAACAGGAAUCGUUGGAAACAACAGAUCAAGAGGAGAAGCAACUGAAGGAAGUUUUUGAAUUUGGAGAACCUGACAGGGUAGAUGACAAUGAUGACUCAGGUGAAUACUAUUCAGCUGCGGAUAGUCAGCAGAGCAUAUUGGUAUCCUUUUCUAGCUGUUGUGUGCUGAAUGGAACUGUAUGUGAACGCUCUCAACUCCUUCGCAUCAAGUUCUAUGGCUGUUUUGAUAAGCCGUUGGGGAGGUAUCUUCAAGAUGACCUGUUUGAUCAGGCAUCUAGCUGUCGAUCUUGUAAAGAGCCGGUUGAAGCCCAUGUCUUAUGCUAUACUCACCAGCAGGGGAAUCUUACAAUAAAUGUGAGAAAGAUUCCCUCAGUCAAGUUACCUGGAGAUCGUGAUGGAAAGAUAUGGAUGUGGCACCGAUGCCUCAAGUGUGCACAGAUAGAUGGGGUUCCCCCGGCUACUCGUAGAGUGGUCAUGUCAGAUGCUGCUUGGGGACUAUCCUUUGGAAAGUUUUUGGAACUUAGUUUCUCAAACCAUGCAACUGCUAAUCGUGUAGCAAGCUGUGGUCAUUCUCUGCAAAAAGACUGCCUCCGUUACUAUGGGUUUGGGAGCAUGGUUGCAUUCUUUCGUUAUUCUCCUAUUGAUAUUCUCUCUGUCCAUUUGCCCCCGUCGGUGCUUGAGUUCAAUGGUCACCUUCACCAGGAGUGGAUUAGGAAAGAGGCGGCAGAGCUUCUGAGUAAAACGAAAGCCCUCUAUAAAGACUUGUCAGCUGUACUUAGCAGCAUUGAACAGGCUUUGGGAUUUGAAAAGCUUGAUGCAAGUGAAUUAGGUGACCACAUCAUGGAGUUGAAAGAACUGCUUAUAGAAGAGAGUAGUGAUUACAUGGCUUUGCUUCAAACAUCUGAUGAAGGGACUUUGCCUGUGGAUCAGACUUCAGUAGAUAUUCUUGGUCUCAAUUGUUUGAGACGUUCACUUGUAAUUGGCUCACAUCUAUGGGAUCGUCGUCUCUGUUCCUUGGAUUCCAUGCUUAAACAGAGGAGUCUUAUAUCUGAGGUUGCACAGGGUUCUAUAUCUUACAUUGAGCCGAAAGAGUGGAGAAGUGAUUUGUGCUCCAAGGAUAUCAGUAUUGACCAUGAUCAUGAAAACAAGGUGUCCGAAUCUUCUAAAUUGCAAAAAUUCUCCAUGCAUGGUAUACAGUCAGAGCUGCAGGAAGAACCUAAGUUUUUGCCCUCUGAGACUACGGAUCCUGGACAGACCAUUUCGGCCCCAUGCCAGCAGCACAAACAAGAGGAAUUACAAUCUGAUGGUAAAUUUAUUGUUGGGAUGACAUCCUUAGAUACUGCCCCCUCUACGGUAUCCAAUCUUUCAGACAAAAUCGAUUCUGCAUGGAGUGGCACAGACCAACUUCCAUUGACAGCUCAGUUAAGCCCACAGCCAGAUGGACCUCAAUUUGUUUCUGUCAAGCACAUAAGUCAAGCAGAAAGUCCAACUUUUGUAAGGCUUUCGUCACCAGUAAGAGUUUACUCUUUUGAUUCUGCUUUGAGACUUCAAGAAAGGAUUAGGAAAGGAUUGUCCCCAGCCUCAUUGCAUUUGUCAACACUUAGAUCUUUCCAUGCCUCUGGAGAAUACAGGAAUAUGAUUCGAGAUCCAGUUUCUAAUGUACAAAGGACUUACUCUCAGAUGUCUCCACGGGAGGCUCACAAGUUAAAUGUCGUAUUCCACUCCACAUCUUCAUUUAUCUCUGGUGCAUCCCUUAUGCCUGACGGGGCCCGGUUGCUGCUUCCACAAACUGGCCAAAUAGUUAUUGCUGUUUAUGACAAUGAACCUGGUAGCAUAAUAUCCUAUGCCAUCAGUUCCAGGGAGUAUGAGGACUGGAUUGCUGAUAGGCCAAAUAGGCAUGAAGGAAGCUGGAACAGCAGUGGGGCAAAUUCUCUAGCUCCUUCCUUUUCAGCCUCUCAGUCUUUUGGCUCACUUAACUUGGAUUCCAUUCACUAUGGAAGUUAUGGUGGGUCUGAAGAUGCUUCAUUGACGAUUAGUGCCCUGUUUGCUGAUCCUAAGAGUUCUCAUCUUAGAGUUUCUUUCGAAGACGAGUCUUUAACUGGAGGCAAAGUGAAGUUUUCUGUCACCUGUUAUUUUGCGAAGCAGUUUCAUGCUCUUAGAAAGAAAUGUUGCCCGAGUGAAGUCGAUUUUGUACGUUCCCUAAGCCGCUGCAAGAGAUGGAGUGCACAAGGAGGAAAGAGCAAUGCAUACUUUGCAAAGUCUUUGGAUGAGAGGCUCAUAAUAAAACAAGUUCAAAAGACCGAAUUGGAAUCUUUUGAGGAAUUUGCACCAGAAUACUUCAAGUAUUUGACAGAGUCCCUAAGCUCAGGAAGUCCAACUUGCCUUGCUAAAAUUCUUGGUAUUUAUCAGGUAACUGUCAAACAUUUGAAAGGUGGUAAGGAAACAAAAAUGGUUCUGGUGGUGAUGGAAAACCUCUUUUUCAAAAGAAGUAUCUCAAGGGUCUAUGAUCUUAAGGGCUCUUUGCGAUCCCGUUACAACGCAGAUACAACAGGGUCAGAUAAAGUACUGCUAGAUCUGAAUCUUUUAGAAACGCUACGUACUAAACCCAUAUUGCUUGGGAGCAAAGCGAAGAGAAGACUAGAGCGGGCUGUUUGGAAUGAUACAUCUUUUCUAGCGUCUGUUGAUGUGAUGGACUACUCUUUGCUGGUGGGGGUGGACGACGAGCGCAAGGAGCUGGUUAUAGGGAUUAUUGAUUUCAUGAGACAGUAUACUUGGGACAAGCAUUUGGAGACAUGGGUUAAGGCAUCAGGCUACUUGGGGGCCCUAAGAAUGCUUCCCCCACCAUUAUUUCUCCCAAACAAUACAAGAAAAGAUUCCGGAAAGCAAUGACUUCAUAUUUUCUUACAGUACCGGACCAAUGGUCAUGGUGAAAGGAUCAAUGCAUUCUUUUUUCCAUGCGCAAGCAUCGGACGGCUAAUAGAAUGAAGCAAUGACAGCCUAUUUUGUAUCUGGCCGGAGUUAGCUCCGGGAAGAGGUUUUUGUGAAUGAACGGACGUGGUGGUAGUGGAAUUCUUUUGUGCACUUUGUACAUGUCCAAAGAUACUUUCAAGUUCGUUCACACGGCAAAUGUGUAGACCCUUUUCUCAAGACGUGAUAUAUGGAAAGCAGGUCAAUGUGAUUGCUUGAUUAUUUUUACCA